GCCGGCUGGUUGGGUCCAAAAAUAAACAAACACUGCUGGUUUGGAAUUUAAGCUUUGGUAUUGACAGCACUGGUCCAUGCCAUGAACGGAUCCUGGAAGUUGGUGCUGCCUGUGGGCUUCGUCCUUUACUCCCUUCCGUUGUUCCUGCGCGUGAAUGGAACUUCGGAGUAUGUGAUCGACGAGGAGUUCCACAUUCCCCAGGGCCUGGCCUUCUGUCGUCAGCAAUUCGACGUGUGGGACCCUAAAAUAACGACUUUUCCGGGCCUGUAUCUACUAGCCCUCGUACUGAGUCCUUUUAAUCUGUGCUCAGUAACGGGCCUGCGAUUACUUAGCUUAGCCGGUGCGGGGGUCAACAUUCUUCUGCUCUACAAGAUCCGGCGGCGUACGUUGGCUGGUUCAGGUGGCAAUUCUUAUGCAGCCCAUGAGGCAAUAACUAUGUCGGUGUUGCCGCCUUUGUACUUCUUUAGCCAUCUGUACUACACGGACACCUUGUCCCUGACCAUGGUGCUUCUGUUUUACAAUUACUGGCUGCAGGAGUCCCAUCUGCCAGCGGCAGUGUUCGGGGCUGCGAGUGUUCUCAUGCGUCAAACGAAUAUUGUGUGGGUUUGUAUGGCCACAGGGAUGACUGUGCUGGACACCAUCGUGCAGCAAUGUGCUCGAUCUCGAUCUUUGGCCAAGAGCAAGGUUCGAUUGCUGGGAACAGAGUUGUGGGCGAAUCUUUUCACCAGCCCCCAAUUGCUGUGCAAUUGCAUCCUAAACAUACUGGCCAAGUGCUGUUUUUACGCUUCCAUAAUCCUACCUUUUAUUGGGUUCCUAGCCAUCAAUGGCUCUAUUGUGGUGGGCGAUAAGAGUGCCCAUGAAGCCUCUCUCCACCUGCCGCAGCUGUUUUAUUUCGCGCUGUUUGCUGCGAGCUUCGGCAUCUCAAAUACGCUGCGACAAUUGCGUCCGGCAGCAGAGCUUAUACGCCGGAAUCGAGCUCUCUCCUUAUUGGCUCUUAUGCUGAUUCUAUUGGUGGUGCAUCUCAACACCGAAGUGCAUCCAUAUCUGCUGGCAGAUAAUCGCCACUAUACCUUCUAUGUGUGGAGUCGUCUCUACGGUCGGUUCUGGUGGUUCCGGUAUGCCAUGGCGCCGGUGUAUCUGUUUUCCAUUUGUGUUCUCCUGUGCGGAAUGCAACACAUGCCGGAUAGCUUCAAGCUCAUGUUCCCGAUUAGCCUGUUAUUGGUGCUAUGCUUUCAACGACUCCUGGAACUACGCUAUUUCCUGGUUCCAUAUAUCCUAUUUCGGCUUAAUACGCGACACACGAGGAAGGGCUUCGCCGAGUGGAUGGAACUUGGAGUCCAUCUGCUGCUUAACGUGGCCACCUUCUAUGUGUACUUUACCAAGGAGUUUUACUGGCCAAACUAUCGCUCACCCCAGAGGAUUAUUUGGUAGGCACCCCCAACCACUUGCAUUCCUUCUAAAUAGACGUUUCCGGCAUUUAACCAAAUAAAUCAAGUCUGCAUUUUCAA